CAUAGCAUUUGCAUAUUUCCGUUACAUAAAAUAUGCCAGUAUCUUCCCCUACAAUGAUGAACUUCUUCCCUUGUCCUCCCCCUAACCUUUUGCGCACUGCUCUGAUACGAGACGAACACUCGCCCUGAUCAUAAGAAGAGAAAACCUACAGACAUUAAAGCAGACCAACGUUUCUCUUUUAGGUCAUGGCUGAUGUCGAGAUCUUGGAGGACCGAGACAAGCUGAAGCGAGGCCUGGUGAAGGUGAUGGAGGCCAUAGCCACCAUCUCAUCAGCAGCAGCUGUGGUGAACCCCAUCUUCGGCGUGGCAGGCUCACUGAUCCGCGUCGUCCUGCACCACGUGGAUAAUGAGGAGAUUCAGACUCUUCGCCGUGAGUUCGGCAGCGUGAACCGAGCCCUGGAUGAGCUUUCAGUGCAGAACAGUGGAACUUUGCUUCAGAUCAAGAAGGAGACAUUGGACGGGCAGUACAGCCGUGUGGAGGAGAACCUACGCAACCAGUUCCGGAAGUUCAUGGAGGUGGUGGAGGCACGGCCCGCGCACAAGGAACGCAAGCGUGAUGAUUUCGAAGAAAGCUAUGCCAACGACCUGGGCGACCAGAACCUGCACACACUCUACGACGGUGUCAUGGGCAAGCCCAAACUCUUCAGCCGGCCCAUCCUCGAGGUCUACAUGACUCACUCUCAAGGAGAUCGGAGGGUGAUGGAGCGCCUGUGCACACGCCUCACCUACCUGUUCUGUAUCGGCCUCAUUGCUCUGAUGGGUUACGCUGCCAUCAUCGGUGAUGACGAAGAGGGUCUGAGCGAGGAGUGGGCUGAGAAGAUGCAGAAGGUUCAAGAGAGGAUGCAGGAGGUGCUCCGGAGGUGCAAGUGAUUCCUUUCCACUGAUUCACACAUAUUUGUUACAUGGACACGAUUUACUGUCAAUAUCCUUAACAACAAGGACACCAUUGUAUAUUGGUACACACAUUUUAAUGUUCAUAUUCAGGGUCAUUGGGGUCAUUAGGUGUAUUUUUUUAUUGAGUAAGGACUCAGAGCUCCUGAGUGGUAGUUAACAGAGGUGGACCCGCGUUAUUGUAAUUGAGUAGUUUUUUGUGUACUUCUACAAGUAGUUUUUAAAAUGUGUAAUUUUACUUUUACUUAAGUACUGUAUGUUUUGUUUGAAGUAUUGUACUUCGCUACAUUUGAAAUCAUAUUCACUACUGAGUAAAAAAUAUAUAAAUGAAAAUGAAAAAUAAUAAAAAUAAUGCAACGGGAAAUAAAAAAAAAAUUGCACCCCGGAAACCACUUUUGGUUUUUUGAUUGCCAUCUGACUGAAAGCGAAUUGCCAUCAAAUUUCUUAUUAAGCAAACCUCUGGCCAUUGUAACGCCCACUACUAUGUAUGUAUGUAUGUACAGUAUGUAUGUAUGUACAGUAUGUAUGUUGCCCUUUUAAGAGUUGCCGCCCCUACCCCAGUGUGUGCGCUGCAGAGGUGUGUGUGUGAGAAGGAGAGAACGGAGUAGGAGCUCAGGUGUGCUGCUCACCCCCAAAAUGCUCUACUCUUUUACUCUUUUCUUUACUUUUACUUUAUGAUUUGUAUUAUAAUUUUGUCGCUAAAAGAGACUAAUAAAAGUUUUGUCCUGAACAUUA